CAUGUCAAAUUAAUCCUCUUCAUCUUCUCUAGUAUUUGAUUCAUUGAAACCAUUAUUCCAAAAUGUCUGACCCAUUAGAUCGUCUUGUCAUGAUUUCUCAACAUGUUCACAAUCAAAAAAUUAACAAAUCCACAAUCCCAAGAGGUAUGCCAGAGAUCCCAGCAAAUAUCCAAACAAAUUUCUCAAGACCUGUUCCAGGUGGUCAAGUUAAAUCACCAACAGCUAUAAAACCAUCAAAUUAGUUGGUUACCGCUAUCAUUUUAUUUAUUAAUUGACACAUCCAAUAGUUACUGCUGGCCAGGCUUUGGUGUUCCUUUUCAGUUCAAGUUGCUAAAAUCCAGACUAAAUCAACAACGUCACACAAUUGACAAACCCUACUGGAUCACAAGGACCGAUCAUAUUUCAAUAUCUAUAGGAUCACGGAUAACAUCCUUAUAUCAUUUAUAUACGCGUUAUGUUUUGUUUAUCACCUCCCAAAGUGUAGCUCCUGGUGGUGUAGUUUUUUGUUUUCGCGAAUCAGUUUUGCAUGUUGGCCUUAACACUUCUAUCUUUUUUACUCCCUGAAUUUUUG